ACAGACGCCAGCCAGGAUGAACACGAAUGUAACAAAAUGCACCAUGUGCAUGAAUCUCCAGAAAGACCCUGUUUACCUAUCUAAAUGUGGUCACUAUUUCUGUAAGUCCUGUACAAAAUUGUUUUUUGAGAAGACGAUGAUCUGUCCAACUUGCAGGCGGGAGAAUCUUUUGCUAGGAAAACUGCCAGUAGGGUACACGACUUGGAGGACUGAGUAUAAUUCACUUCCAGGAUACGAGGAGUGUGGAACCAUUGUCAUUACCUUCAACUUCAAAGAAGGAAUUCAAGGUAUGGUUGAAUCAUUUCUAUGGGAACCUUUCUGUGGUUUACUUUGUACAUCCUACCUCCCUAACAACCCAGCGGGACAAGAAGUGUGCAAGCUGCUGAGGAGCGCUUUUGAUGCACGGUUGAUGUUUACCAUUGAGGAAUCUCCCGCUACCGGUGACGAGUAUAACAUUAUAUGCAGCGGCAUCGAACUGAAAACAAAUCGAAGUGGGGGCCCAACCAACUGUGGCUAUCCAGAUCCUAGUUACCUUGACCGAGUAAAGUGUCAACUGGCCGAAAAGGGAAUUACACUGCCGGAUGACGACUCGCUUUGAUAUGAGUAGAGUAGAUUGAGAAAACUGCUUCUUGUUUUAUCGUUGUCUCGUAGGAAUCCCCUCUUCAAACAGUGCCUCUUCAGACUGGAAUUUGGCAAUGGACCAGCUCAAUUUUUCCGCUUCUACAUGCUAUUUUCUAUUCGCAGUGUUACCAGCUGGGAGCACGUACGUAUGCCGCGUACAUUCUAAAUGACGAUCAAGUAUUGCAAUCGGUUUUUAAGCACUUAAUGACUGGCCCCAAGGAAAACAGUGAGUUUUGUUUCCCCGAGACCUUCAAUGUUCCGCGAGGUGAAGCCGAGGAGAACGUUGAGGUCGAGGGGAAACAAAAGUCACUGUUUCCCGUGGGACCAGUCAUUAAGUGUUUUGUUAUACCUCCCAACUC